AUGGCAGCUCUGGCGUCGGCAUGGGGUUCAGCACCAAGGGCAGCAGCGGCAUCGGAAGCACCCUCUGCGCCUGCCUCGCACUCCGCACCCGAUGAUGCAGAAGAGAGCAUCGAGGUGACGUUUGUGCAGAGGGACGGCAGCGAGGCGGUGGUGCAGGUGCCGGUGGGCACCAACAUGCUGCAGGCCGCACAUGACAACGAUAUCGACCUUGAAGGUGCCUGCGAAGCAUCGCUCGCCUGCUCCACCUGCCACGUCAUCGUCAUGGACGAGGAGCAGUACAGCAAGAUGCCCGAGCCAACAGAUGAGGAGAACGACAUGCUCGACCUCGCCUUCGGCCUCACAGAGACGUCUCGCCUGGGGUGCCAAGUGAUAGCCACCAAGGGCCUGAACGGGCUGCGCCUCAAGCUGCCCUCCGCCACUCGCAACUUUGCAGUCGAUGGCUUUGUGCCCAAGCCUCAUUGA